AUUUCCUAGAUGCGCCAGGCCAUGCCAUCGGUCAUAGAUGUGGUUUCGCCCGUGUCACUAGCAGCCCGGACAAUUUUAUACAUAUGGGCAGUGAUGCUGUAUACCGUGGUGGUGAGCUACGGCCUCACACUUGGCACCCGUUGCCCGACACAAGCACACCUCAUCCCUUUACCACAACGGUGCUAAAAUCGGUCGGUCGAAGAGAUACGUCGAGCAUAAUAUUAGGAAUGGCAGACAACAGCCAUUUUACCUGCCUGAAAAGCCAGCGAAUGCUCCACAGGUUCACCACAAUAUUUCGUUGAUAAUCGGGUCGAUUAAGAAAUUCCAACAGGUAGAUGCAC